AUGAAUCCACCUUCCACCUCGCCCUCCGCGACGCAGGCGUGGAAUACGUCGUGCGGAUCUCGACGACGGCCGCGCACGUGCGCCCCGAUGCCAUUGCGUACUACCCGCGCGCACUGGGCGAUCGAGACACUGCUUGGCACAGACGAGUUCGGUGCCCUGCACUGGACGAGUCUGCAGCCGAAUGUCUUCCGGAGCUUCUUCGCCGCUGCGACGCAGUUUAUCCGCGAGUUUCGCGAGACGGGCGAGCUAGGCGUGUUGAGGCUCAUGGCGGGCAGGGAGACGCCCGUGGGCGUUGUGGAUGCCGAUGAGGUGGGGGUUGUGGCAGCGCAUCUGCUUGUCCAGGAAGAUACCGCGAAGCACAAAAUGCGGAAGUACGUCCUCAACGGGCCCGAGGCUAUCACCGGGGAGGGCAUCGUGCGGCUCGUCGAGGGUAUCAUCGGCGUGUCUGUCCCCGAGCAGAACGUCCGGUAUCAGGAACACUCGUGGCUCGACGGGUUUCUGGAAGCGGAGUACAUGGGCGCUGGGAUCUCGCGCAAUGUCGUCAUGUCUACGAAGCGCGCGGCCGCGAAGGCGUGGGAUGCGUCUAUCCCGACUGUUCCGACGAGUCAGGAGGUAAUGGAGAUUGCGGCACCGAAGCGGACGCCAGAGCAGAUGUUGAAGAGCUUGUUGGGGGGUUAG